CCGACAUUUUUUCUUGCCUUUCUUUCGCGGUGCUGGGGUUGCCGGUCGAUCUCGCCCGUUUCGCUCAUUGCUAGCAGAAAACCCUCCGUUCGACGCUGGACGUCAGUCGCUCGAAGCGCUGGGAAGGACGUCAAGAGGAGGAAAAACGCAGGUGCAUCUGGGAAGGCCACUUCACCGAGGGCACCAUGGCCAAUAAGGUUCAAAUCGCCUAUUUGGUCUCCGAUGGCCUCUUCUUGCUCAUGGGCAUCUUCAUUCUCGCCUUUUCCGUCAUUGUCAACAAUAUCAAGGACGAGCAGCCGACAAAUGGGAGACAGGCGGCCAGGGACCUAUUGUAUCGGGACUUCCCGUUGUCAGCCGGCAUCGUCAAUGCCGUCUUCAUCUUCAUCACCUUCGCUGCCACGCUUCCCGGUCUCGCAACCUCCUCUCGCAGAUGGAUCAAGGCCGCAGGCUACAUGGCCGUCGUUUGCCUAAUAUUUACAACCGCCCUUGGCCUCGAUAUCUGGAUCAAGACUCUGAGGCUCCGGGCAGAGUUCGCGCCCCGUUUCUCGGCCCAGACCGACGCCGUCAAGAGCCUCAUGCAAAUCGAGUUCCAAUGCUGCGGCUACUUCAACAGCAGCAGCCCGGCCUUCGUCACCGACGCGGUAUGCCCUAGCAAGGCGGCCGCGGCCGUCAUGCGUGGCUGCGCGGCACCCAUCUCCGCCUUCGCCAAUGUCUUUCUCGACAACAUCUUCACGGCCCUCUUUGGCAUCGUCGGCUUCGACGCCAUCUUCAUCAUGGCCACGGCGUGCCUGCUCAAAGACCGCAAGGAGCGCGAGCGGUUCCAGCAUAUCGAUGAUAAGGCCGGGUUCGGGCGGAUCUAAGUUGAUUCAUGACGUGCACUGUCGUGCUCGGCACGGGAAAGGGAAACUGGUGUGGUCCUCCUGCCUUGGACUGGACGUUGUGAUACCGUUUGGUAGGCUCUUUUGUUCGACGUCGCCUCCAUGCAACCGUCCCCGAUUUGGAUAUGCGGAGACAAGAAGGCCAGACAGUGGAAUAUCCAGAGCGGCAUGGCCGUUCCAGCAUCGCCUUCGGCUCUCGUCAUUACAUUUUCUUCUUAAGACAGAACGUGUAGUUAUCUCAUUGGAUGUGCAUAGAGUGCAGUACUCCCACUC